AUGUUGCUCGCCGCCUCCCAGGGCACCGCGAUUCCUUGGACGCCGGAGCAGGCGAAUCCAGCCUCAGCGCUGCUUGCCCAGAUGGGCGCUGGCUCAUGGCCAGGGCAGCUUACAAACACUGCUCCGCAAGGAUUACCUCUCACACCGACAACUGUGCCAACCCCUUCGGAGGAGGGCACUGUUGACACGAUCGAAUCACAGACGCAGGCAGAGACUGAGAAAGGAAAGUCGGAGCGAGGAAACCGACCUAUGCGAACCAAGGCCCACGCCGGGUGUACAGCAGGUAUUACAGAAAUCUAA